GGCAGAUGGUGAGCGGAGGGGCGCGCCUGCACUUGCGGCCGGGCGCUCUCCGUCGAGGGAGCAGGAGGGGAUGCGCGCCAGGCUGCUGGACGGCAUUGCACAAGCCUCGGCCGGGAGCGCUGCUUCCCUCGGAGCGGAGGAGGUCGCCUGAAUCAGCCGCAGAAGGACAAUUAAUUGGGCAGCAGCAGCCGGAGCCGCUUUCCUUGGCCGCCUUAUUCCCGGCUUCGCGCGCCACACCGCGCUCGGAUCGCCGCCGCCCGCCAGCUCCAUGAGCCGCCAGCUCGAGCCCCGCAGCCCCGCCGUGCUCCUGCACCCGCCGGCAGCCGGCGCGGGAGGCCCUCGCUGCCGGUGCGCGCCCGCCAAGCGGCUCCUGCUGCACGACGGCGCCGAGGACGCGCCGCCCGCCGCCAAGUGCGCUCGCCUCGCCGUCGACUGCUCCAGCGCGGCGGCGCCCCACGAUUGCUUCAGCGCGCCCGGAUCGCCUUGCGGGCCGGUCUCUCCGGCCCCCGGAGGUGGCGGCUCGGUUGCGGGCACCCCCGGAGGGAACGGCAGCGCGCAGGGCCCCAGCCUGGUCGCCGGUUACCUCUUGUUGCCCCUGCCCGACCGGGAUCACGUCUCCAGGGCGCUCGACAUCAACACCGGACGGGAGCUGCGCUGCAAGGUAAGCGCCGCCGGGGACUCAUCGGACGGGCGUCCGACCCUUUCGUCGUGUUUGGGGGGAGCCCCCUCUGCGCCUUGGAAAGCACGGGGACCGGCCAGCCUCGGCCGCGCCGUCGGCGAUUGCGCUCGGAAGGAAGGAAGCAAGCUCCAUUGAGUAAACUUGAGUGGAACUUGGCUACCUUGAGGAGCCGGUGUUUUCACACGCGAGCCGAAUCGGGUCUUCUGAAUCAGAAUCUCGGGUUUAAGUGGCGCGUGGAUAGGGACUCUUGUGCGCGAGGUGGAAGGUUGGGGGCAGAAUUUGAAACAACACGGAUUGGUGACCCACUGGCAAGCUCAUAGGCUCCACACGUUCCUGGAAUUCCCGUGAUCCGAAAGGAUGUGGAUGCCUAGACGCGCUUUCUCCCGAGUCAGUGCCAUUGAGCGUGGUUUGGGCUUCUUUUCCGAGUAAACGCGUGUAAGAAUGGGCUUGUGAAGGGAAAUAAGAUCGUAGUGGGCGCUGGAUUUAUGUGAUGAAGCAGGCAAAUAUCUGCAAAACAUGAUGUAGACGAAUUAGGUCGGGGCUGCACUGAGCCGGCAGAACUUUGCAACCUUAGGCUUGCAGAGGAGAUUGUGUUCUUUUUGUGGAGAUCCGUGCAGACACCAGGGCUGGAUUUCUCCGCGUUCGGGUUUUUUUUUGGGGGGGGGGCGGGUUGGAAGCCAUCUGGAAAGAUUCCCCCCACUUGACAAAGAAGGGUUAAGUUUCUCCUCCGUCAUCCUCCUCUGUUUUCCGCUUCCCUCCUGCAGAAUAGUACGCAAGCAGGAAUUGGCUGAGACUAGCAGAGCUUUCCAAGUUUUCCAUGAGGUGUCCUCAGCUCUUUAAAUAAAACGCGCACACUCACACUGUCCUUGAAUAUUUCCCCAGUCUCUCUUUGAGCAGGGCUGUAGCUGGAGAGAUGGGGUUUACUGCUGCCACCUGCUGUUUGCGGGCUCUCUCAUAGGAGGUGCAGUUGUGGAGACCUGGACGGCCUUCCUGCACUUGCUCGCUCUGCAGCAAACCCAUUAAAACAAAUGAGAUGGUUCUGGAGCAAGUCCUUGGAUGAUUGCAGCACUUAAUAGUUGCAUAGCCUGGAACAAGCGAGAUGAGUUUUAUUUCAUCUUCAAACUGGGAGGCAAGCUUUUGAGUUACACAGGUCUCUUCGACAGAUUUUAGAAAAUAUGAAAGGACAAGAUUCGGUACAGGGCAGAUGACGGAAGUGGGGGAGGGAAGGAGGCAGGAAUUAACAUGGGGAGAAUAAUCAUGUAUUUCACUUACCCCUAUUUAGGCUUUGUUAAGCGGCAGGGGACAGAGAAAAUGUGCCAAAGGUUUCAGUGGAUAUUGCAUGCCAAAGUAGUAGCGACACGGCUUAGUUUGCUGCUCCUUGGUUUACUUUAUCGUAGCAGUUCUGACCUAUUUCUGCUUGUCAAAGCACCCAGGAGGUCGGGCUGCAAGGAUCUUUUAAUUGAGCUUUGCAAGCAGCCCCACAGAUCUCCCCCAAGCAGGGAAUAUCUUUCCAAUGGAAUAGCUCAACCAGGCCAUUGGUAGGCUGGUUGUGACUGGACUCCCCGGUUUAAGGAUUGCUGCGAAUUGUAGCUCAGUGGAAGCUAAGCCGCAGUACCUAGAAUACAGUGGUGCCCCGCAAGACGAAUGCCUCGCAAGACGGAAAACUCGCUAGACGAAAGAGUUUUCCCGUUUUGGAGGUGCUUCGCAAAACGAAUCUCCCUAUGGGCUUGCUUCGCAAGACGAAAAUGUCUUGCGAGUUCCUGCGGUUUUUCCCCCCUUUCCCCCCCUUUUUCUAAGCCGCUUAUCCGCUAAGCCGAUAAGCCGCUAAUAGCGCUAAUCCGUCAAUGGGCUUGCUUCGCAAGACGAAAAAACCGCUAGACGAAGAGACUCACAGAACGGAUUCUUUUCGUCUUGCGAGGCACCACUGUAAUUUGAGGGAAAGAAUGUGCUUUAAAUGUGUGAUCUGUAUGCAGCCUGGCAUAAACACCUCUGAUACUAGAGCAAUAAUGCAGCCAUCAGAGCCAAUAGCCACUGAUGGAUGCUUUAGUUGAGAUUCCUGCAUUGCAGGGGCUUGGACCAGAUUACCCCUUCCAACUGAUUCAGUGACUUAACUUUCCGUACACUUGUCAUCUGCAGUAACUGGAGACAGCUGAAAUGACAUGGAGCGAGCUGGGGACAGGGAGUUAAGUUGGGCAGGGAGGAGAGGACGAUGGGGCUCCCACGGUGAGGAGUCUCUUGCCGGGUUGCCUGGACUGGACUGAUGACACUGUGUGUACGUCACAGUUUCCAGUCAGGCCUAGGAUGUGAGUAACCCAGCAGAGCCCUUGCAGGUCACCCGGAGAACAUGCCCAAAGUCUUGCAAAACAUCUGUGAAUAAAGCAUGAGAGAGGCUUUUAAUCCUCUCCUUCCCUUGCUCAGAGUUUGGCAUGCUCCGAAAUGGGAGCUCGGUCGCCAUCGCCUUUGUCUGAAUCACCGCAGACAGAUUGGAGGGUGGAGGGUUUUAAAUGCUCCUCUCUUUCUCUCUCUCUCUUUCCCACUGCAUACCCAGAGGUACUUUUUCAGGGCUGGCAGAGAAGCCUCAGGAACUGAGCUCACACGUAACUUGGGCGCUUUGCUUUCAGGAGGUUUCUGGCAGGGUGCCCGGCUUGGUGCUGGUGCUGAAAAUGGGGUUUCCUUUCUCUUCAGUAAUUGUGAGUGUGCAGAACUAGGAAUUGGCCGGCGUUUCAAGCUGGCGUGGGACAGAAAGGGGUGUGGCUAUGCAAAUGCCUUGGGUCUGGGGAUAAUACUACUUUGUGGGUUUCCCCAAACUUGAGUUUCCAACUGGCUUUGGACUACAACUCCCAUCAUCCCUAGCUAGCAGGACCAGUGGUCAGGGAUGGUGGGAAUUGUAGUCCAAAAACAGCAGGAGGACCCAAGUUUAGGAAACCCUGGUCUAGAUGAGUUCAGCCUUCUGAUUCCAUCAGCAGCCAACCAGAUGUCUCUGGCUGGGCACACCUCUUUCCAGUAACAAUUCCAGAUAUACGGCCACUCCCAAGUGGAAGCUCUCCAGUUCUUCUGGCUGGUGGUUGUUGAUAUGCAUGCCAUGGUCCAUGAAUUUAUCAGCACGCAAACCCUUGUGCAUUCUAAAUACAUUUCAUUGAAAUCCAUUUAUCUCAACAGACACCAUUAAGAAAAUGUGUAAUUCUUUUUUUUUAAAAAAAAUCACCCUCCCAACUUCCCGUUCUCUGCUCCUUUUAAACAGCAUAUCAUUCCUCCUUCUCUGCAAUUUAUGCUCCCUGUUCCCUCUUUGAUUUCUAAUGCUUUAAAACAGGGAGAGGGGAACCUUUGGCCCUCCCGAGGUUGCUGAACUACAACUCCCAUCAGCCAUGGCCAGCAGUCAAGGAGGAUGGGAGUUGUAGUCCCACAACACCUGGAAGGCUGCAAGUUUUCCACUGCUGCUUGAAGGCGAUGAAUGUUUCAAGCUAUGCCCAUCCGCUUAGAUUUUCUUGGUAUGAAAACCCCUUUGGCAAAUCCGCGUUCUCUAACCACAGCUCUCCCCUUGGCCCUCUUUUUCCAGGUCUUCCCCCUCAAACACUACCAGGACAAGAUCCGACCUUACAUCCAGCUGCCGUCGCACAGAAACAUCACCGGGAUCGUGGAAGUGAUUCUCGGGGAGACGAAAGCCUACGUCUUCUUCGAUAAGGACUUUGGCGAUAUGCAUUCCUACGUCAGGAGCUGCAAGCGUCUUCCGGAGCAGGAGGCGGCCAGGCUCUUCAAGCAAAUCGUCUCGGCGGUUGCCCACUGCCACCAGUCCGCCAUUGUGCUGGGGGACCUCAAACUCAGGAAAUUCGUGUUUUCUAGUGAAGAAAGGUGAGCAAGGGGUUCGUGGUUGUCUUAAAGUUCCCCAUACGCUCUGAAGAGAGCUCUUUCUUCAGCUUAGCUUGGGUGGAGGGCAAAAAAGCCACGACUUUCCCCCCAGGGCUUUGCGGGGGAAGGGGCAUUCCUUGGUGGUAGAACAUUUGCUUUGCAUGCAGAAGGUCCCAGGUUCAAGACCCAGCGUCUCAAGGUGUUGCUGGGGGCAUCCCUCGCUUGGAAACCCGUUGCUUGUCAGUACUGAGCUAGGAGGAUCAGAUGCCUCACUCGUCAAACAUAUGCCAGAUUCCUGCAUUCUCUGUAUUCGCACCCCUCUGCUCUGUAGCUGGUGGUUGCAAGGCCAGGUUUGACCCACUGGCUGCAAGUUGCGUACCUGUAUUGGCAUAGAAGCCUCUUUAGGAUAGGAGGUUUGACUGGUCUAUUGAGCUGAAGGUAGUUUUGGUGGCGGCCAAGUCGUCGUAGGACUCAGCUACACAACUGCAAGUGAAACGUUUUAAAGGCAUUGCAAACUGCAAUAUACAAAGGUGACACUAGAUGGUGAAAGUGAGCUAUGCAGAAUUGGAUGUAUUUUAAAAAACGUUUCAAAAUAAAGCGUUUUCAUGCGGUUUUUUAUAUGUGUGUAGGUUCCACCAUCGUAUUCUCUUUUUCGCUAUACAUCUUUGUGUGCACAAUGUCUUAGAGUGCUUCCUUUAUAAUAAGAAACAUCAGGUGUUGUGGGAAUCCCCGCUUCCAUCUGUCCCAGCCGGGGAGCCUGAUGAUCCGGAGUGAUGGCAGUUGUUGCCUGGCAACAUACAGAGGCCACCACAUUGGCUGCUGCAAGUGUCACUAUCACAUUAAUCUGUGCAACAACCCUGUAGUUUUAUACCCAAAAUAAAAACGGGAGCAUACUCAAGCCAGUUGAUUUGUGUAUACGACAGUCAAGAGAUCUGAACUUUGGACUUCCUGGUUCAAAGCGCACCUUCUUUGCCUUUGCACCACAUUAGUUAUGUUAUAUAAACAUCUGUCUUGUUUCUGUUAAGGGAUCCAGAGUAUUAUUUUACUGUAUGUCUGCCUAGUAUGAUUUUGAUUCUACGCUCAGCAGCUAAAGCAAAUUGACGCCCCAGACAGUUACUGUGUGCAGUGGGCUAACUGAGUUGUUCUUUGGAUCUUGGCCUCUUAGGGGCUGUUCUUUACCGUAACUCAAUGAAUUUGUUAUUUGUGCUACAUCCUGCCGUCCAGGGAAAUCGUGGAAUUGUAGAGUUGGGAGGGAUCAUCUAGUCCAGGCAUGGCCAAACUUGGUCCUCCAGAUGUUUUGGGACUACAAUUCUCAUCAUCCCUGACCACUGGUCCUCUUAGCUAGGGAUGGUGGGAGUUGUGGUCCCAAAACAUCUGGAGGGCCAGGUUUGGCCAUGCCUGAUCUAACUCCUGCCUACAAUGCAGGAAUAGGCAAGUAUCUCAUGGGGGGAUCCAACUUGCAACCUUGACAUCAUCAGCACCAUGCUCUAACCAGCUGAGCUAUCCAUCUGCCAGAGUAGUGCGUCAAGUCUUCCAGCUUUAGAUGGGGACCGCCAAGCUUCCGACAAUUUUAUUUAGGUGUGGGAGAAAACAUACAUUCCAUCAUGUGUGCAGAUGGCACGUACCGAAGUCGGGGAUUUCUUUGCCAAAUCCUGAUUUCCCAAUCUGCAUGCCUGCGAUGAAAUUAAAUCUUGCAUGGUGUUUGUGGACGAUGCAUUACCUCGUGGCACCCCUUUGUAGGGAGGUUUCCAUCUGUGAAGUUGCUCCUAAACUGCUUCCUUUGCAAGCAAAGGAAUACUGAUCAGGACUGAGAGGGUGCUUUCUCAAGUUCGACCCAUAACCGAGAGCUCCACUGAACUCAGCUGGACUUAAACCGUGUAGAAUCCGAAAAGCUUUGUCUUGAUUUUGUUGAGGAUCCGGGUGGGUCAUUGGUUCAGGUGCGCGGAGACUGGCUCAGCUGGUUUGUGGGUUGCGCUGGGUCAUGUGUUACUCCAGGUCUCAUUGAAUUUACAGGGCAAGGUGUCUGGCAGGACGGCAGCAAAUUACACCUUGGUGUAAUUCCUAAGUAUUGCAUAUUCAAAUGGUUUACAUUUGGGCACGGACAGUGAAUGAGAAUUGUGUUGGCUGGAGGUGGUGAAGCGAGAGAAAUGGGUUGCAGUUGGCACAGUGUGUACUUGCGAUGAAUUGUUCAAGGCAGUACUGAUAUUCAAGAGUCAAGCUAUGCAGUCCAGAUCCCAUGGGUCUGAUGCUGACACAACGCUGGCGCUCUCAGAACAAUGGUUGGGGGUGAGCCUCAUCAAAGUGCAACUCCUGUGCCCUCAGUCCAACACAGAUUCCUCCCCCCACCCUCCUUUCCCUAGAGCAUGGAUUUCCAUUGCAUUUGAACAGGCAUGUAGUUAACUAUCCAGGGUUGGCCAGGGGUUGUGUUAUUGCCGUUGUCACGUGACACAACCUACUGGAAGCAGAGACACGGCUGAGAUUACUCUCAGUCCCAUGAUUGUCCAAUUACCCAUAGCUGUACAUAUGCUCAGCCACACCUGCAUAUAUGGGAGGGAUUUGUAUGGGGUCGGUGGGGGAGAACCAGUAUUAGAAACUCCGAUAUAUAUAUAUAUAUAUAUAUAUAUAUAUAUAUAUAUAUGUGUGUGUGUGUGUGUAUCAAAAAAAUUAUUGAUUUUCCAAAAUUUAUAAACAAACAAACAUAAAUACGAACUGUAAUUAUUCCACUCUUAAUAACAUUGUUACGUGACUUCCUCAAAUCCCCCUGGCUGAGUUUCAAUAUAUAUCAUUGUAACAGUUUUCCAAAACAAAUUUCUCAUAAAAUUUACUUAAUCAAUUAACGUCUUUCUUUCUUUUCAUAUUAAAGUUGAACAUGUUAUUCUGUAACAUCACAUAUUUAAAUCCUGAGCCUAUCUGGUGUUUGCAUGUAUUUCUAUUUAAAUUAUCUUAGCAUAUUUAACUAAAUAGUCUUUGAAUUUCCUCCAUUCCUCCUGGUACUCCUUCUCCUUCUGGUCGCAGACUCUUCCGGAGAGGUUGGCUCGCUCCGAAAAGUCCAUCAUCUUUAUAGAAACACUGAUAUAUAAGCUAGGCGCCAAAUAGCUGCUUAAACCAGGGUUAUAGUUGCCAAAACACAAUGCCCAGUUGCCAUUUUGGGACCAGGCGGCUCAAACGUUGUAUUUUUCAACAUGACUUUUCAGCUCCUGAAAUUCAUUCUGAUUGUGCAGAUAAAAUUAGAAGGGGUAGGAAUCUGCAGGAUGUGUCAUUUGCGCGCGAAAAACGGUCAGGAUCCAAGGAUCCCCAGGCACGCACUUCCAGAUGGAGGAGAUGUUGGGUGCCUUCACUUGGUGGCGAGUGGCCGAUAGCCAGGUGCAAAAUGCGCCUGGCGAAUUUCUAACGCUGGAGAGAGAGCACAUCUUGCUCAGCCUUGCAAUCCGUACCUGGUUGCUUUGCUCUGCUUCUUUUUGCAGACCUGGCGUAGUGUUGUCCACAGGAUUGCUGCAGUUUUUGCUGUGUAUAUACAGGCCGUAGGAAGGGGUCGACUGUUUAAAGGUGAUGCAAGAAGCAUGGAGCCUCAUCUCUCUCUGUGUGUGUUAUAAAUAUAUAUGCAUGCAUCUGAAAAUGAGGAGCUGAGGAUGCUGCUGCUGCUAAAGUGUUGGCAGGUUUUGCAAAACUCUUUGAAGAUAACCUGCAGUUGGGUGUUAUGUGGGCAGCCCGGAAUAGGUGUGAAACUCCAGCCCAUUUGAACUCUGUGGGAGUUCUGCUUUUGACAUCAGCAGAAACAGUUUCACACUUGAGGGCUGCAAUCCACGCAUUACUUUGAAGUGAUGCCAUAGUCAGCUGUUGGAUCUUAGGGAGUGUGCAAAUUGCAGCCUGCGUUGGGGUGAUGUUUAUGACUGUGCAUCAUUCCGAUGGUUUCUUCUUCUUCGUAAAGGUGGCUGUUAAGCUCCCGUAGGUUUUGGUUCUCCUGCGUUUCAAACAUAUAGCCCCUGGAUUCUCUGAUCUGCUUCAAGGCACCCCACACAGCAACCUCCAAACAGAUGGGAGAAUCUGCUCCUGGACAGGAAUAAGGAAGUUUCAGUUCAGCCUGGCAGAGCAGUUCCUGAAGGACAGCUUGUUUGCAAGGCUCCUUUUUGCAUUCAAUUUGCCCACAUUGCUUUCUUGGUACAGAAUAUCACGUCUUUCCUGUGUGCAAGGCCAUCUAAAGGAGGCUUGAGACGCAGAGAGCGAGCUUCAAGCCAUUUUGGAGGCUUCCAGCCACUGUACGAAAGAGGUGACGGUUGCAUUUCAUAAGUUCUGAUUUCGUACAGCCGCCCCACAAUAAACACCACAGUAAAUCUAGGAAAACAGGAAGCUGACUUAUACUCAGUACUGUCUACACUGACUGGCAGCAGCUGUCCAGGAUUUCAGGCAGGGUGUCACCCCCCCCCCCGGCACGCUAACUGGAGAUGCUGGGAAUUGAAUUUGGGGGCUUCUGCACGCAAUCUAGUUUAGUUUGCUUGGAGGGAGGGGGCGUGAAAUUGCAGAGCGAGGAACUUUGAGAGAUAAUUGUUAAGUUUUUAUACCUGUUGGAAGCCACCCAGAUUAUUAUUAUUGUUAUUAUUAUUAUUUAUUAAUGCUAUUUGGUUUAGUUUUUACUUUAAAAACGUCAAUGGGCAUGGAGGGAUAGGCAGGUGCAACAACACAAAUUUGUUUUCUGCUUUUUUAAAAAAAGAUGAGUAGUGAGUGUAAUAUUUUUUUUUUUGAGGGGUCGAAAGGACCUAGUAAUCUAUUGCAGGGCUUGGCAUCCACCCUAGGAAGCGAGUUCAAAUUGUGUGCCCUGUGUGCCAAUCAACUGCAGAGCAGACAGUGGAUUUUCUUUCUUUUUUUAAAAAAAACCCCGCUCUGAUCUUCUUAUUCGUGGAAGUGCUGAGCGUGGGCAUUAUGGGGUGGCUGGAAUGAUCAAAACGCCACAAACGGAGCCUGCAUUUUCACCCAGUGUGUCCCCUUGCCCACCUACCCCCACAAAAAGUGAAACUGGGUCACGCAUUCUGCUCCCAAGUCAUCAGGUACGAACCAUCGCCCUGGUGAGCAAAAAUCGAGACUGGAGCCUUGUAGCCAAAUAAUUCUCUGCCUUCCCUGCUUGCAGAUUUAUAGUUUUGCAGCAGAAAGGACAAGUUGUCCUGUAGAGAAAAGCAACCCCCCCAACAACCGCUAGCCAAAAUAGCAGCUUGCAUCCAGUGCUGCGAAUUUGGAAACCGAAGCAUUGCGCAGGGAGCGUAUCAUGUGCUUCCCUGUUUGGUAAUCAGAGGGUUAAGCAAUUAGCCUGGCAAGCACAGGUGCAGAGUUUGGAUGCUCCGCCAGGCAGUGGGAGGGCAGGCGAGGGUAGGUUGAGUCAUAUUUUCCGCUUAGAAAACCAUCCGGUGGAGUUGUGGCCGGUGGGGAGGGAGGGGAGAGGAAUCUUUUGCAUUAGAGGACAGGAAGGUCACCCUGAGGACAGCGAGCAAAUCAAUGCAUUUUACAGGCCAACAAAACUGUAAGGAAGGCUUACUGAGCAGGGAGCCCUGCAGGAGCCAGACAAUAUCUAACCAACUUAACGUAAGAAACGGCAACUUAAAUGGUUAAAAGCUCUGGGAAAUGGGGUGUUUGCUUAAAAGCAGGGUAUAUACCCUGCAAGGCCUGUUUGUAUGUGUGUGUGUUUGUGUGUGUGGUGUCAAUGCAUAUCUGAGCCCAAAGUGUUGUGACUAUAUCAGGAACAAAAGGGAUGUGGGUUUUGGCUGCGAUCCACGAGCCAGUUAAGGCUUGACGUCACUGGGGCUCAGCUGGCUUCAGCCCAGGAUCUCUGCCCUGUGAAUUUGGCAUCGUCGCACUGACAUCCUCAAGGCCGGAGCAAUCGAGCAAUGCUCUUGUAGAAUCGGAGAUUCAGAAGGGGCCAUGUGGGGCGUCUGGUCCAACCCCCUGCAAUGCAGGAACCUUUUGCUCGAACCCACAACGCCGAGAGCACGAGUCUCAUGCUUAACCUACCAAGCUGUGUCACCUGAGUGCUGGCAUCUAGGCGACAGCUACAUGUGUGGAUAGACUUGAUGGGAGCAUCGGGUCUGCAUUGGCGGUGGUCCAUUCAGACACGCAUACCAUCAGUGGUUGUGGCAGUCACAGAGUGAUGUCUGUGAGUGUCUUCGCAGUGUGUUUCUCUGAUAUAUUAUUUGCCCAGGGAAAUUGCCCUGCACCGUUGAAGUGAGAUUGUGGUCCUGGGUGGCUCAGUUGUCUCAUGGUGUUGGCAUCAGGAACUAUAUUCCCGUCCAGCUCAUUCCUUCACGUGCAUAAAUAAUCUCUCCUCUCCCGGAGCGUGUGACUUGUCUCAGUCAAAAAGCCUUGCCUUUGUAUUUUCAUUUGGUGGGUGAUCAUGAAAGUUCUGGCUGUGGUCUGUGAUCUGAGGCGUCCCAUUCAUCAUAGCCUGAGUCACUUCUUGAUGCUACAGUCAACCGAUGAUGAGCACAACAUGCAGAAACCUUUCCGCAGCGGUUUGUGUGUAAUGGUUUCUGAUCGGUGGAGACUGCAAACCUAAGCUCACUUACCCUGGGAGUAACCCUCACUGAGUUCCAUAGGACUUAAUUCUGAAUACACAUGUCAGGGGUUCAGGGAGAGAGGCACAGGGUAGGCAGGAGAUGGAGAGCGAUGGGGAUGAAUUCCAAGCCAGCGAGGAAGAGGAUGACAAUGACUCAAGAGAUUCCAUGAGUCUUUCCAGCGAAUCAGAGGAUUCCCAGAAGGGGGCGCCGGUGGUCAAGGCCAGGGGGGACGUGUCAGGAGCAGGGGGCCAGCGGAGGAUCCCAAAGUGGCAGCUGGGCGUCAGGACCAGCCUCCCCACCAGAGUGCAGCGAAGGGGGUGGAGUUUCCAGUGUGUCAGAGGAAGCAGCUCCGGCAGCAGAGAAAGGAGGGAGGUCAGAGCAAGCCGCCCUCCCGGAAGGGGAGGGAAGCAGUGAAGGGAGUAGUGUAACUGUCAAAAGGAAAGUUAGAGGUUUGGCGCGCGCGCCUAGUUCAAAUGUAGAGGCGCGCGGAAGUACAGGGAGCCCGGAGGAGGGGCCAGGUCCCAAAGCCCGCAGGAGGGGGCAAGAGCAGUCUGGGGAUUCCGCGUCAGAGGAAUCCACGAGGGGCGAAACCCCAGCGGGCAGAAGGACCCUGCGGAAAAGGAAAGAGAGAAAGAGGUGGAGCAGCACAAGCAUCUUAAAUUGGUGCAGGGGAGGGACGGAUUCAGAGGGGACUUCAGCGGUCUAAGCGUAAGAGACGUAAGGCUGCGCGCCUAGGAUGUCAAGCAAACAAUGAACUGCAAUAAACACCUUUGUAUAUAAGAAGACAUAGGCGUUGGUCUUUUGUGAGCUGAGACUCGAGGCAGCCUUGACAACACAGAAUUAGAUCCUUAAUCUAAAAGUUUUGAGCAUGUCUUCCAUUUUUGGUACAGGUCGUGGAUACAACAUAAAGGCAAAGGGACCCCGACCAUUAGGUCCAGUCGUGGCCAACUCUGGGGUUGCGGCGCUCAUCUCGCUUUAUUGGCCAAGGGAGCCAGCAUACAGCUUCCGGGUCAUGUGGCCAGCAUGACUAAGCCACUUCUGGCGAACCAGAGCAGCGCACAGAAACACUGUUUACCUUCCCUCCAGAGUGGUACCUAUUUAUCUACUUGCACUUGAUGUGCUUUCAAACUGCUAGGUUGGCAGGAGCAGGGACCGAGCAACUGGAGCUCACCCCGUCGUGGGGAUUCAAACCGCCGACCUUCCAAUCGGCAAGCCCUAGGCUCUGUGGUUUAACCCACAGCGCCACCCGUGUCUCAGGAUACAACAUAGUUGCUGUCAUUUGGAAAGGGGGCGGUUCUUAUCUCCAGGAUGUGACGAAACUGUUUGCCAAUUCCCUACACUUGCCAUUCUUGAGGAACUGGCUCUUGGUUAUGUUAUCAUCCCUGACCUGACUCUGGUUCACGUAUUUUGAGAUCUGAUAGGUUCAGAGAAGCGUAGAGCAAUGCAGGAAUCUCAGCUGAAACCUCCAUAUCCAACCUCUGCUUAAAAACAUACAAUGAAGGAGUCCACCACCAUUGCUGGACCCUUUGUUGGAAUUAUGUGUUGGCGUGCCUUCCUUGUGUUUCUGUCCUUGUCUUGUGACCCAUUUUGCUCGCCCUCGUGUGGAAAAAUGACUAGGGAAGUUUGUAUGUCAAUUUAGCCAACUCUGCAUAGCUUAUCCAUUUUUCUGGCCACUGUUCUUUCGUUGGGAUUUCCUCAUCCUUCCAUCCUUGUGCUAUCAAGACUCUUGCCGCUGUUGUAGCAUACAUAAAUAAAUUCUUUGUUUUUCUUGGCAGGUCUUGUCCUACAAUCCCUAACAAAAAUGCUUCUGAUUUUUUUACAAAUGUCAUUUUAAACACUUUUUUCAAUUCAUUAUAUAUCAUUUCCCAAAAUUUUUUAACUUCUCUACAUUCCCACCACAUAUGAUUAAAAGUCCCUUCAGUAUUGCCUAUACUGACUGGAAGCAGCUGUCCAAGGUUUCAGACAGCAGACUGUCCCAGCCCUACCGGGACAUCUCUGGGAUUGAAACUGGGAGCUCCUGCAUGCAAUGAUACCAUUCCUGCCCCCUUCCCCCGGUCAACUUUCCUCCUCUGUGCCAGUUCCUGGCAUUGCUUGGUAACUGAUGCCUUUCCUCUUUCCUCUUCUCCAGGACACAGCUCCGGCUCGAAAGCUUGGAGGACACGCACAUCAUCAAAGGGGAGGACGAUGCCUUGUCGGACAAACACGGCUGCCCAGCCUACGUCAGCCCAGAGAUCCUUAACACGAUGGGGACUUAUUCCGGCAAGUCGGCUGACGUCUGGAGCUUAGGAGUCAUGUUGUACACCCUCCUCGUGGGACGUUACCCCUUCCAUGACUCGGACCCUACUGCCCUCUUUUCUAAAAUCCGGCGCGGACAGUUCUGCAUUCCGGACCACGUCUCUCCCAAAGCCCGUUGCCUUAUCCGAAGCCUGCUCAGGAGGGAGCCCUCCGAGAGACUCGCAGCUCCAGAAAUCUUGCUCCAUCCUUGGUUUGACUCUGUUUUGGAAUCAGGUUAUGCCAACCAGGACAUGAGAGCCUCUGAUCAGGUUGUUCCGGAGAAAUCCAGCGAGGAUGAUGACAUUAGCUCCUUCUUUUGCUAGCUCUGGGUUUUUGCCUCGGGGGACAAGAAGCCUCUCACACUCUCGUGCAGUCUUUAAUUUCCACCCUCUCUCUUCGUUUUCUGUGGUCCUUCCCAAAAAUCGAGCUGUGGUCAGGACAGUAGUACCCUUGCAAGUAGGAGAUUGGCAUCCGUCGCCUGCUUCACGAAUUCCCAUUUGAAUCCCUGUGGGACUUACUCUGGAGCAAAUGGACCUUUGCAAAACGCGCCUCAGCCUGGGACUUCUAGGCUGUGACUUUUAAAGUUUGCUCUGAACUUCAGUGGGAAUUUUACAUACAGGGCUGUCUGGAAUAAGCAGUCUGAAGUUUGCAAUCUUUGUUGGCUGGUUUUUUAAGAAAAAGCAAAACACCUUGUAGCUUCUUGGUUCCAUGUUCAGAUGCACACAGCCUUGUUCUGCAGGCAAGGUUAUAUUGCUGUAGAAACUACAGAAGGGCCAACUGGAUUGCUCUGUCUCUCAUCCAUCAAAGUGACAGGGCUCUGGGCUGGCUUAGAUUACAGAAUCUCCUCACUGGUGAUGUAAGAGAGAAUGCAGGCACAGUUCUUGAAGUGCUAGGCAGGGGGCUUGUGAUAGUCACGGUGCAAAAAAUAAUAAUCAACCGGAUUGUCUAUUUUUAUAGCUAAGAUUAUCUAACUGGUUUUGAGCUUGCGUCUCCUGACAUGUGAGAAUCACCCCCUUCUGCCUCCAGUUUGCCAGUUCCUUUUCUUAGCUGUGUUUCAAAGUUUGCUUGGCUUGAAACCCAUUUGACUCUUUUCAGCCCUCCAGGAGGCGAUUAACCUGGAAUUACUUGGUUUAUCAAAUUUUCCUUUCCCCCCAUUCAAAAUCUGAACCUAAACUGUAGCUCGUUGGCUUUUUGACAGAGCUGUAACGGCUUUGUGCUAUCCAAGGUGUGGAUAAAUCAGGCAGCUGUAGAAGUUGGCCGUGCAUCUUGUGGGAUGAAUUGGGCUCCUCUAUGAAUUCUUGGGACUUUAAUGGUUUGGGGUGGACUUGGGUCAACAGGCACAGGGGGUUGGGUGCCUUUGCACCGGAAUUGUUUUGCUUUGGAAUACGGGGGCUCUUAAAACAAUGAGGAUUUUUGCCAUUGGCUUGAACGUCAGACCACCCCGUUCCUAACCCAUUAUCAGCCUAAACCAGGAAUGUCUGUUUGAUUGAUGAGAUCAGGACUGUUGGUGCCUCCUGAACUGCCACAAAAGCCCCUACAACCUUGGAGUCCCCUGUCUCUUGUGUGACGGUGCAGGUAGCAAAUCUUGUCUUUCUGUCUCCAAAUGCUUCCACAUCCGAUUUCCCUUGGAGCCAAUUCUUUAGCAGACUUUAGGACUCUUCCUUAAGGGGAGCAGUUCACAGAUUUCUUCCUUAUAGGUGAGGUUUCCUUUUGACAUUCUCUCCCUUUGGCCCUAUUCCUCCUCCUCUGCCAUGCCUGUUCUAAGGAGGUGUGUAAGCCUUUACGAAGGGUUACGGAAAACCUGAAUUGGCCAGCUAGCCCCACCCCCCCAAAAAAAACCCCUCUGCCAGAUGUGUCUUAGCCAUAAAAUGGGGUGCACUUGUUAGGUGAUGCUGGCAGUGGGACUUGAUCUUCCCAUCUGAUCAGGAACUUCCUGGUCCGACAUUGAACUAACCGACUGCAUUGCCUCAUUGCGUAAGACAAGAAAAGGAGGAAUUGUGGUUUGCGUUCUCAAAACAGCUCCCCGGCAUCUCCAGUGAAAAGCGUACCUAUGUAGCAUAAGGGGAACUUCAUAUUCUGCCCUCCCAUCAGCCAGUGGUCAAGCAUGAUGGGAGUUGUAGUCCAGCAGCAACACAGCCCCACCCCACGGGUCCGGAGGUAUUUAUUCCAGAGCCUCUGAAGAACUGCUAGCAGUUGGAGGAGACAUUGCUGGCUCAGAUGCAGCAAUCUCCUUGACUUGGUUGAUGAAUGUGUCCUCCGUUGAGUGCUAGAAUUGGUCCUUGGUGGGUGCAGAUUUAAAGCUUACUUCUGGCCUUGGUGUUGCAUCUGCCUGAGCUCUAAACCAUCGGUGAGAGAAAACCUGUGGUUCUCCUCCAGUUGGACUGGAAUUCCCAUCAUUCCUGGCCAUUGACUAUGCCGGCCUGGGGUGGUGGGAGUUGGGAGUCCAUCAGCUAUCUGAAGGGACACAGGUCUUCCUCAUCCUUGCUAUAAAACAUGACAUUUUUGGUUUCUGAGGCAAAUGAUCCGAAGGAACUUGCCUGGCGCUCCUGUGUGAAGGUGUCUCUCCAAAAGUAGCCCAGUAUAUCUAUCUGAAUUCCAAAGCACCAGCCCAGAGUGUCCCAACCUGAACCUGAGAGGCAAAUAGAAGCCCGAUCUUAUUACAUAUACCGUAACAACGUUUGUGUUGGCAGUGUGUGGGCUCUGCUCUCUGAUGCCUUGCACCAAUCUUUUGCACAAGAAGGAAAACAAAAACAAAUCCUCAUUUCGGUAAGCCUCUAAACAAUGUCCUCACCUUCCCAUUAGGCUGUAAUCUCCCUCUGGAAAUCUCUUCCCCUUAUUAAAUGUUCAUGUACCACUGGCGGUCAUUGGUGGUGGUUGUUUUUUGUAUCUCCAAUUCUGGUGGAAUAAUGAAUGCACUUGAAUAAGCAUUUGCUUCCUGGAUGCGGUAAUGAACUUCCUCCUGACAAAGACGACUGCUCCGGUUUGUGCAAAUAGGUACUUGCCCCGGGGUGAGCUGGAAAUCACCCAGAGAACUAGAGAGGGAAACUUUUGUUCAUUUGGGAGACUGUUGGUUCUCCUUUCUCAGAGGCGGUUGGUGUGCCCUGUGGAAAAAUGUGUGGGUCAACAGGCUAGGAAACAGCUCUGUGGAUUAACAUCUCUUGUUGACUGGCUUGCAAGGGUGUGUGUGUGUGUGUGUAAACACACGCCAACCAGGUUUUGUUUGAAAAACACUUUUAUCCCAUAUCUGAAACUGAUGUAUUCAUCAGCGUCGGGGAUAUGCUACCAGCAAACUACCUUUACCUUUCAAGGAACUCUGGGAAAUGUAUUUCUGCUGGGCUAGUCUCAUGGGACUACAGUUCCCAGAAUUCUUCAUGGGGAAAAGCUGGUUGGAUAUGCCUGUUUAGCCCAGAAUUCAAAGUACCAAAUGUGGACGUUGCUUAAGAAUCCUACUAUUUCUUAAGGCUUAGCUUUGUCAAAAGGGUGGAGCCACUGUCCUCUUGUGAUCUGUUUAUACCUUCCCACAUAAUGUCUUGCCAUCUUCUGAUUGGUUUUGUGUUUUCUUAAUGACUGUAGAGGUGUGUGUGAGUGUCCUAAAACCCGAGGUGUCAAAAGAGCAUUUAAAUGUGAAUUAAUGGCUGGCAAUACUAACUUGAUAGAAUCAAGAGAAUUAGAGGUGAAACUUUAAUUUUGGACCUUGAUUGCACUAAAGCUCUUGUGAUUGUUUUAAUAUAUUUGUAUCUGUGAUACAGUUGUUGUUGUUUUUUUAAAAAAGAAAAAAAUAUCCACAAACUUGCCUAUGAAUCUGUAUAUAUUGGUAGGUACCUGCUAAUAACACUAUGUUGGAUGUUUGUAAAUAAUGUACAUAUUUGAAAAUCGACAUGAUGAUGUUGGAGAAUUCCUGUACAAAAAGGUUUAAUAAAUCUGGUUUCAUAACAAA